ACUAUUUUACAUGAUAUAUAUAUAUAUAUGUGUGAAAAAAUGGCACAAUUUGAUGCUAAAAAAUAUGCAGAGGUUCAACAACAGUUAGGUAAAAAUAAACCAGCCAAAGGAAAAGAAGAAAAACCUCAGAAGCCCAAAGAGGAAAAAAAGAAAAAGGAGCAGAAAUCUAAAAAAGAAGUUGCUGAUGAACCUGAUGAGACUGAAUUAGUCUUAGCUCAAGAACCCAAAUCCAAGGAUCCCUUUGAACAGUUUCCUAAGGGGACAUUCAACAUGGAUGAAUUCAAGCGAGUUUACAGUAAUGAAGAUGAAAGUGUAUCUGUGAAGUACUUUUUGGAGAAGUUUGAUCCUGAGAAUUAUUCGAUUUGGUGUUGUGAAUAUCUCUAUCCUCAAGAACUCACUCUUGUUUUCAUAAGAUGUAAUCUUAUUUCAGGUAUGUUCCAGAGACUAGAUAAAUUAAGAACGAAUGCUUUUGGAAGUGUCCUCCUGUUUGGUGAAGACAACAAUAGCAGCAUUUCAGGUAUUUGUUUGUGGCGUGGACAUGAGUUGGCUUUCAAGCUUUCUGAAGACUGGCAAAUUGAUUAUGAAUCAUACAGUUGGAAGAAAUUAGAUCCAUCCUCAGAAAAAAACAAAGUAGUGAAUUAA